AUGUGCGGUGGUCGUGAAACAGAUUGAAGGAUCUUUUUUAAUGUAUUACAAAUUCAUUUCAAAAUACCGACGGAAAAACAUAACUGAUAUGAAAUAUAUUAUGUAUGAUAAAAUCAUUGAUCUGUGCAAAAAUUAAAAAAAAAAAUAAAAAAAUUGGAGAUAUAGUGAGAAAAACGGAUGUAUCAAGGGCAGCAUACAGGAUUAAUAAAUAAAUUUCUUUGGAAUUUCUUGGAAUUUUAUCACAGUUUAUUAAUAAAGUGUGAAAAACGCGCUGCUCCGAGCAAAUAACAGCAUUAAAUUUGCCGUGGUUCAGUCUGCCAAUUGUUUAACAGCCGCCAAGUGCGUUGACCACAAAGCUAUAUAGUGACACGAGAGACACAAAAACGCAUUUUUGCAUAGCGACACACCUGUCUCUCCGUCUACGCACGUGUACAAGCCAGGCGGUCUUUGCAAAGUCCGGCUUAAUUGCUGUGCUCAAACGCAAAUGUGUCGUUGAAGUGGCAGCAACAACGUACCAGAAUAGAGCAAUUUCAAGUAGCCAUCAAGCGUUUGGCAUUCACAACAACAGCAUGUUGCAGAAUCCUUCAAAAUAUCACCCAAAUCCGUUCUCCCACUUAUUGGCGUUGCAUAGUUCUCAGGCUGUGGCGAAUAGUAACAUCAGCACACAUCAAGCGCAUUUGGCUGCGCUGCCGCCGGUCUUCGCGACGCAGAGCCAACUUCAGCUCCAACAUCAGCAACAGCAGCUGCAGCAGCAGCAGCAACAACAACAACAGCAACACUAUCAUAACAUUCACUCAACAAUGACGGGCACUAAUCAACAGCACAACAAUGCAUUUCUGCUGCGAAAUCAUCCACCGCGUGAACUCCAGCAACAGCAACAACAACACACAAACCACCCACUGUUAAAUGCAACGCAAACACGAACUCAAGAGCUGUUGGACACGACGAAUACCUCCCUCGAUAUGGGCAAGUCAUUCACGAUUGCCGCCAUUUUGGGCUUACAGAAGAGCGCUAUGGAGAAUAGUUGCAAAGACUACAACAAUGCAAUCAAUUUGUCGCUGAACAGCAGUGACGAUGACGUCGGCAAAGAGUCUAGCCUUGGACGAUCGACGCAAAACACUCAAAGUAAACAUUUCAGCGAUGACGAGGUGGACAAUAGCGAGCAACAAUCACAACAUUUGCAAACGUCCAAUGGCGCGGACAAUGCCAUCAAGUCGCUACAACAGUGUGACAGGAAUACCAAUAAUAAUAUGUUUCAUCGAAACGGCGGCCAUUUCGAUUGCAAUGGCAAUGUUGGCGCAGCGCUGAUACACCGUUAUUUGCCUAUUCCAGUCUCGUCUAAGCAGACAACGGCAGCAACAUCGUCAUUUGUUGCGGCGGCGGCGGCAGCAACUCAACACCAUCAUCAACAACAACAACAGCAGCAACAAAACCUUUUGCUGUCGCAUGUCCGUUCGGUGGCAUCAGCCGCUGCCGCAGCAUCAGGUGGCACAUCGUCUGCGCUUCAGAGCCUGCAGCAGCUGCAUCAACAUCACGCUCAGCAAAGCUCACUGAAUCUGCAACGUGAAAAGCAUAAAUCAGAGAGUAAUGGAAAAAAAUCCUCUAUAAAGAACAAGCGUGUUCGUACUAUAUUCACGCCCGAACAGUUGGAGCGAUUAGAAGCUGAAUUCGAGCGGCAACAGUAUAUGGUCGGCUCGGAACGACUUUAUCUAGCACACACUCUACAGCUAACAGAAGCACAGGUGAAGGUGUGGUUUCAGAAUAGACGCAUCAAGUGGCGAAAACAUCAUUUGGAAAUCACACAACAACGACUCGCUCUCCUACGUCAAACACAAUUGCCGAGUACAGCGGAGAACUUGAGCGCCGGCAUUGCCGUUGGGACGCCUACUAUAUUGGCCAAUAGUGGCAUGCCGAAUGCCAACACAUUGAAUUCAACCAACGAUGCGCGAACUUCGUCGCCAAUUAGUUGUGGUGUUGAAGAUGUCGAUGAGCUUAGUAAACAAGGCGAGGAGUUUCAUUCUUUGAGUCGCGGCAGUCAUUCAAGUUCGGAAUCGGAUCUCUCGAUAUGUAAUGAUUCCAUUGAUGCCGGCAGUGCAGUGGAAGGUAUAGAGGAUACAUAAGACAUGUGAUUCGGCACAUGUUGGAGGCUGUACAUAUUAACUAUUAAAUACUCUAUUAUUCGAAUAGUUUAGAACACAAAAUAUGUAUGUAUUUAAAGAUAUGCGAAAAUGUAGUGAAACUGUUGUGUUGUUUUGUUUUUCUAAAACAUUUUCGAAUGGGUAAUGAAUA